GUCGCAUUUGGCGACUACGUACGCAACGAGAUACCUGACAGCCAUGGAGCGGGGUCUCAAAGAAGCUGCACAGCAAUGCGUCGACCUCUUCACACAGUGCUUGGAAUAUCCACCACUCAUGGAAAACGAGUGGGCUGAGAACCGCCUUGCUGAUAUGAACUUAUGGAUAUCAGGCACCGGAGCCUGCGCCAGAGGACGAGCUUCUUUGGACUCGAGACUAGCUUCGAGGCCCGAAGCUCAUGAUGUCAUCGUCAAUUUAUUGUUCCUGCUAAGUACUAUGAUUGACGAAUGCCUAAAAAGAAGCCAAACACAAGACUUUUCGCGUGCUCAUCAUAAUGGGGAAGAUCCUGCCUCUUCUGAGAACGAAAGACAAGGGCGAGCAUUUUCCCCAUGGUCCGAUGAUUCCAGCUCUGAUGGCCAGUCGACAGACCGUCAUGAGUUACGGAACCCAUCCGGGAAUCUGUUGUAUGAGUCAAUGUAUGACAUUGAGUCGAUGAUGGAUCAACUUUCCCGGGUCGCAGUUGCCAUUCGUCGCUCUGGACGGCGCUCACGAUUGCAAAAGGCAGACCAACUGUUUAACGCAUCAGAGCACCAGGAGCUGGAAGGCCACCUUGUCGGAAUGUUACUCUGUCAACUAAAUGGUCGUAUCCAAGAAAGAGACCCAUCGCAAUUGGAUGAAGUACAAUUGCGGUUGGUACACUGCAACCUCAAGCGUCGAAAUCGCUUUUUGUAUUCUCAAAGGCACGCCAUGGGUCUGGAUGCAGGCGAUGUUCGACGCGCACCUGUGCCGAAACCAUCUGGAUCAGAACAGAAGGAGACACCUCCAAAAAACCCGUGUUGGGAAUCCUCAAAUAAUAGCCCAAUGCACGCCAAUAACACCGUAAUCACGGGGACCAGUGCCUCCAGAUUGUCCGAUGGCUUUCAGUUACCACAACCAGGCCACACACUACACCAAAUAGACCACGCUAAAUCCGUCACGCUUUCCGCAGUAUCAACCACUGCACUCGAAGUAGAUUACCCGCGCCCGCCUCAGCUGAAAGAUGAUGCGCGGCUCUUUCGGUGUCCCUGUUGCUGCGAAGCGCUUCCUGCAAAAAUGACAGAUGAAAUCAGGUGGAGGAAGCAUAUCGAAGAUGAUUUGAGCCCCUACACCUGUGUUUUGGCUAGUUGUGAUCAGCCUUAUGUCCUCUUCAAUACAAAGGAUAGUUGGCGACAGCACAUGCUGAAGGAUCACAGCAGCAUGGAAUAUUGGACCUGUUUUGCAUGUGGUGAUGGGUCUCAAUUCUCAAACAGGGAAGCCUUUGUACAACACACAGAGUCCUUUCAUGCUGCGACCGUUCCACUAGCCCAUAUACCAGUCCUGGUGGAGUUGUCAAAAAAGACAAUACCAUCAGAAAUCCGACACUGUCCACUGUGCAAUUGGCCAGCAGACGAUGAAGUCGAAGUGGAAAAAGAUGCAUUGUUCAGUCAUAUCGCUAAGGAGGUCCACUCUUUCUCGCUCCGGGCAUUACCAUGGGCGGAUGAUAACGGACAAGAGAUUGAUGAAAAUUAUUACAACAGCUCCGAAAAGGUCUACGACUGGCUGGUUAAGAAUAACAUUCAGAAGAAUCCUAGCAUAGAACGACCUCCCCGCGAGGAGAGGUUAUGGUAUGAUGUCUACUUUCAGGAAAAUGCUUAUUUCACUUGCAUCUCAGAAGCGUCGUCUUCAAAUGAGCUUGCUUCCGACGAAUCGAGGCAAAACGAACUGGAUGAACUUAAAAGGGUGAAUGAGAUCGAGUCUCAAGGACAGAACAGUGAAGCAAAUGCAAAUAUAAAACUUCAUUCCUCGACGUUUGAUACACAGGGAGAUGAUGGAGAGCAAGCUGAGGAGCUUGAUAUACCCAUGGAACCUCGCGAGACCAAGCUUGGUGAAGAUCUUUAUGACCUUCAGGAAACACCUUCAAUUGCUUUGAGCGACAUCGUGGAGGACGCGGAAGGCCAUCUCUCAAUACCCGCCUAUGUUUGGGGCCACUCCUCGAAUUCAAAAAAAGCGGUGCUUUUUUACUUGGACACGAUGACUACUGACAAUUUUAUGUCUCUCAGGAUUGCGCAGGAAUUAGAGGUUCCAUUGCAACCCAUUACACCAAAGCUCUUGAUCCCCAUCCCCAGUGAUGAAGCAAAUCAAACGAGCCUGACGGUACAAUUUCAAACUGAGGCGAACUGGCAUUUCGAACAACAUUUCACGACUUCUACCACUAAGUUCUUAGUCCUGGACACGGACAAGUACGACGUAAUUCUUGGGAUGGAGGAUACUUCUAGAUACGAGUUGCUUCCACCUCUAAGUCCAGACCCGGAUAUGUUUGAUACCAUCCAGCUAGACGGCCAUGAAAUCAAAGCAACAAAGGUUGAGCACCUAGAUCCACGUCGAACAGUGUACCGCUUUCACCUCGAGCCAGACUCAUCAUGCUAUCGACAUAUAAUCCCAGAACCAGCCACAUCUAUCAUAAUCAAGCAACAAAAAGAAGACUGGGAGGAAGAGUUCAAGGACGAGAAAACAGCCUACACCAAGCUAAAAGACCUCCAGGGAGAAGUUAUCCCAUUUUAUUACGGCCAGGGGUACUACGAUGGCCUACCUGCACUUUUAUUAUCAGACAUCAUGGGGAUUACUUUGGAUGAUCUGGCUCGCAGCAGUGAAGAAGCCCCUGAGAAGCUGAUAGAGUCUUAUCUGGAAGAUGUCUUUGAUAAGCUUUCAAAGUAUAAGGCUUAUUAUCUAGAUCAGAAAUUGGAUAACUUUAUACUAUGUGGUGAUAAAGAUUUUGGGUAUUGUAAGGUGAUGGCUGUUGAUCUCGAGCAGGUUGAAAUUCCGGAUCAAGUUCGUCCAUGGCAUUGGUCUAUCAAUCAGGAGGGGGCAAGGUCUUUGAUGGAAGAGUUUAGGUAUAGACGGAAUCUGAGGCACGAUUCAGAUCCGCUUGAGAUAUGGAAGGCUGGACAGGAUAAGGGUGUUUCAUAG